GCCUGUUUGAGGGCAGUGUCCGCUUAUCUUUGCUGCCAGGCCCGGCGGUGGGAGUAGCGCCCGGAGCCUUCCUCCCGCCUUGCUUUCUUGGCUCCUCUCGUGGGAUUUCUUCUUCGCCUGGCGUUCGGCUCUUUCUAUAUACGGGUCUAGCGGUCUUUAGGGCUGCAUGGGCCGUGAAGACUGCGCAUACGUAUUUUCCUGAACUCUGGUCCGCUGUUAAUGCAUGCCUUUUAAAAACGGAAGGGUCGUCUUUAGUCAAAUUUAAGUUUCUAGUCCGUCAGGUUGCCGAGUAAGGAGGGAAAAAGUGCUUCUCGGAAAGCGUGGCCGUUGGCCCUCUCUUCUGUCACUUGUUUAUUAUGCAACAUUUCGCUUCUUAGAAAAACGGAAUAAUCAAAUCAGAUAAAGUAUUUGAAGUAAUGCUUACAACAGACCGAAGCCAUUAUGCAAAAUGCAACCCAUAUAUGGAUUCACCUCAGUCAAUAGGAUUUCAAGCAACAAUCAGUGCUCCACACAUGCAUGCAUAUGCUCUAGAACUACUAUAUGAACAGUUACAUGAAGGAGCCAAAGCCCUUGAUGUAGGAUCUGGAAGUGGUAUUCUUUCUUCAUGCUUUGCCCGGAUGGUUGGUCCCAAAGGACAAGUUGUAGGAAUUGAUCAUAUCAAAGAAUUAGUUGAUGAUUCAAUAAAUAACGUCAAAAAGGAUGACCCUCUAUUGCUGUCUUCAGGAAGAGUGAAACUAAUUGUGGGGGAUGGAAGAUUGGGAUAUCCAGAAGAAGCUCCAUAUGAUGCUAUUCAUGUUGGAGCUGCGGCACCUGUUGUACCACAAGCACUUAUAGAUCAAUUAAAACCUGGUGGAAGAUUAAUAUUACCCGUUGGGCCUGCUGGAGGAAACCAGAUGUUGGAACAAUACGAUAAGCUAGAAGAUGGCAGUGUCAAAAUGAAACCUCUGAUGGGAGUGAUAUAUGUGCCUUUAACAGAUAAGGAGAAGCAGUGGUCCAGGUGGAAGUGAUUUUCAGUUCGACUUUCUCCUUCCAUAUACUUGCAUAUACAAGGGAUGAAAUAUAAAAGCUACAACAUCUGAUCCAAACAUAGUGUUAACAGUGGACUGCUCAUCUCCAAUUCUUAAAAGCUUUUUCCAAACCAACAGCAUUGCAGCUUGUUUUGGACUGUGUUACACUGUUAUCAGCAUGGAAAAGUGGUUUUGUUUUGUUUUUUUAAUUUUGUAGAGGUUUAAUGCGAGUUUGAUAAUGGACUGAUGGGAAAAAAUUAAACUUGGGCAAAUUGUUUCGUUUUAAUAUGCCCUUAUUUCAUCUGUUAGUGAUAUAUGUCUGCAGAUAAGCAGAUGUAUCUGCAAUUUAUCUCCUUUUAUUUUUCAAUUUGGAAACUUUCCAAUCAUUUCAGCUCCAGUGUUUGUUCAUCAAACUGCUUACCUGCACUUUCUUAUGCUAUCUGCACACUUAAGAUUUGUGUUCCGCUGACUCUUAGAUCCUACUAAAAUGAGAUGACUUUCUUCAAAGCUAUCAACGUAUUUAUAGACUAGCAUGUAGCAGAUACAAUCAGCAGCUUUUCUUCUCAUACAGGAAAUCAGACAUGUAUAUACACUUGGAAGCAUCGACAAGGAUAAAAUUUAUUUUAUGUUGCUGUUCAGGAUGGACAUAACUAACAUAGUUCCCCUCCUUUCCCUGUAGCAUAGCAAAGAAAUUCAUAGCUGAGUAUUAUUUCUAGCUGAUUUACAGACUUGAAGUAUCUGAGUGUAAUAUAACAAUUACUGUGUAAGUUAUGUCCUAAACAUUGAACAGUUCACAGUGCUGCUUUGCCAAAUAAAAUCAAAAGCAAAAAGGUGUGGCAAAUAAUGUUUUGAAUAGAGAUAUCUUGGGUAAUUGAGAGGUUGCUAAAUGUUUCUACCAAUAGUUCACUUUCCCCAAUAUAGAAGUUUUCCUCCAGGGUACUCAUCUUGCAUUGGAAAAACUGUACUGAUCAACCAGCUUCAGAGUUUCUGCAAUGUCUCAGAAAACAUCUACAAAUAUUACAAAGAAUAAAUAAUCCAACCCAUCAACUUUUAACAGAUACUGUGAUAGAAGCGUGUGCUUUAUAAUCAACUGUUAUUCCAUAUGAUAGCAAUAUCAAUUUCAUUGAUGAAUAAGCCUACACAUUUCUAUAACAAUUUCUGAAGACUUUUGUCUAUUACGUUCAGUGAAAAUGAGUAUAUACACUUAUCAUUCAAGGCAAGCCCAAUGAUUCUGAUUUUAAAAUGCAAUUCAAGUUUAAGCCAUCUUCAUAGCAAUAAGAAGCCAUUUGAAAAAUAUGUGAAUACACAAAAGUGUUAAUACUGUAUCACUGCUGAUCUAAUUGGGAAGCCAUUUUAGUGUAUUGCUUUGGACAAAAUAAUUUAUUUGGGAUUUGAUUAGAAUAACUUUGAGAAAAAGGAAGCUUUUAAAAAAAACUUAACCUCAAGUCUUCUGAAAGAGAUGCAAAUUCUGCUCUUUACUUAACUGAAUAAAAAGAACUUUUCUCCCUCAUUUUCAUUAUCACCAAUUAGAGUGACAAAAAUAUAUUUUAUUUAAAUAACCCAAAGACCUAUAAAUAGUUUCAUACAUUUAAUUUAUCAUAGUUGUUUAACAGUUGAUUUGUUGUCAAUGACUGUAAUUUAUGAAGCCAUAUAACUAUUAUAGACAAAUAUAUAGGGUAGUAAAAAGUAAUCUGAAAUACUUUGGGUGUAGCAUCCAUUAUUUAAUUUUCUAGAACUACUCCUGCAUAUAUUGAAUUAACUCUAAAUAAAUAAAUAUUUGAUAAUUAUAGAGGAGUCAUCUUUAAAAUGUUACUUGAAUUAUUGAAAUCAUGACUUCAUAAGGCCUUUAUAAAACAUGAGCUAAUGCAAGUUUGGGGAAAUAGCUAGGUAUAAGCAUUAUAAACAGAUUUUAAAUUUAAAACAGUUCAUGUUGUUACACAAUUCUUGGAAGAAAUCUGCUAUGGCCAGUCAGAAAUAAAAGAAGCAAAAAACCAACAACAUUUGAGAGAAAUAAAGAACUAAUUGUUUUGCAGAUAAUAUGAAUCAUUGUGCAGAAUGUUGAAAUCUGGAGAUGAAUAUACUGGCAUUAUUGUGUUUGCAAGAACUGCUCUUCAUGUUUUGGUGUUUAAAUCCUCAGCUUUCAAUUAGUGGCACAUAUAAAGCAUCAGAAAACAGAAGAGAAUGGACUCUCCAUUAUAAACAAUAUAGUCCUACUAAGAUCUUUUGUGUUAUAUGUGAAAAUAGAAAAAAUACUUUUAGGCAAGCCAGUCUUCAUUAUGUAUGAUUUUUUUUUGUUUUAGAUCUACUUAAAUUGACUUAAAAGAAUUCUAGUUUUCAUCAGGGCUUCACAGUGUGUAAUGACUCCUUGUUUUCCUACUAUUCUGCAAAACGAUUGGUGCACAAUGCAGCAUAAUUUGGCAAAGUAUUGUAUUGAAUGUAGGGAGGGCUGACAUAGGGAAGGAUAGUGAGUCUUAGUACUGAAAUAGAGAAUGUCUUUGGGAAAAAAAACAAACUGUGAUAUAUUAAGCAGCAAACAACAUUUGUGUUGAUAUGGAUCAAUAAAAAUAGAAGAUUUUAUCUUACAAUUCUAGCUUUUCCAUGUUAGGUUUUAAUGAAAAACCUGACUAUGAGCAUAUCAGAGUAUUUUUUGAUGAUUCUGUCACUCCAUUUUAUUCAAAUACCUGUAUCCAUGCUCCAGUCCACUGGAAGUGAAUUAGGAAGCACAUCUUUUUAUUACUUGAGAAAAGAGACUGCUUUUAGAACUAGAGAGCACUUUGGAUCUGAGGAGGAAAAAAGCUUCAAAGCACAAAAAGACAUGUAUGUAAUACCUCUUGACAAUUUUAAAGCAACUGUGACUUUUCCUGGAACUGCAAUUGUCAUUCAUAACUGCAAUCCUGGGAAAAGACACAUUUAGUUUAAUGUGUUGUCAACAAGUGCUACAUUCAGGCCUGUGCACACUUAAAUGUUUUUUUCCUUUGAAUCUGAAAUGCUUUACAACCCUAUUUAGGAAGUACCUGUCACAUUUAAUGUCUUUAUCUCCAAAUCCAGAUGAAUCAGCUGACUUAAAAAAAAGCAAAAUCAGUAUUUUUAUUAAAUGCUCAAAAUUAAUGUUCUCAAGAAAUUGAAUCUAGAUAUGAAAGGUAUUAUGACUAAAACUGAUUUAUUUUUUAUGUUUCUUAGCUCAACAUUUGUAAUGUCAUCAUUAAAAUAAGACAUACCAAAUUCUUGAAUGUCUUUUCUGAACUGAUUUGUACCUGGUCCCUCAGAUGAUAACAUAUUUUAUAUGUUUGGUGAAGAGAAAAGAUAGCUUACAAUAACUGAUACACAGAAUAAAUAAUUUGCAAUAUAGCAUAAGCCAAGGCAUAUUUUUAGUCCUUUAGACAAUUGGAUGAAUAACUGAUGAAACUUAACAAUUUUGCCACAAGGGUUCAGUAACCAGGACUUAAAGUUUUAUGAAAAGUUUACUAGUUAAAACUGCAAUAUGUUGCUAAAUUUAUUCUCUGAGCUACUUCUGUGUGACAGUUAACAGAAUUCUGAGGUUAAUAUCAGUAUUACAAACUUCAGGCAUAUUUUUUGUUGUUGAUAGAAGCAAUACCCCCUACAACGGAAUAACUACAGAAUAGGGAACAGUUUCAACUCUUUAUCUAAAUUCUAGGCUUUAGGAAUUUAGUAUUUAAGGAACCUUUUAAAAUAGAACACCUUUCCCCUGUUGUCCGUUAUUUGCCCUUAGCAAUCUGAGAUUCUAUUGCCUAUAUAGCCUGGCCACCUUACCAUAUAUACUUCAAUAGAAAAGGUAAAUACCCACAUAGAAUGGUAAGCAAGAAGUGUUUUAAAACAAGAAGGCAGGUAAACAAAGGAUUUCUGACUUGGCUAUUUCAGCAUUUGAAAUUAUAUAAACUAAAUGAGUAGAUAAAUUAGUGUUAUUUUUUUUACUAACAACUUGUUUGAAAUUGCUAAAUUGUACUGCUAAUUUAUUGAUGGCUUACUUGUACUGCUACUUUUAAUUAGGAAUGUGUAGCGCUUCAGGUUCAGUUCCAAUAAGGUGCUUUGGAGUAAACAAAAACAUUGAAUAAAGGAUUGAACAUUGAA